CAGGUGAUGCUGCUCUGACCAAGCCUGUUGCUACACAGGCCAGCGUGUAGCCUAUUGCACGACUUCGUUCGGUGGGAAAUGGGAAGUUGUCGGGACUUUCACAUGCGAGUGCAGCUGACGGGGAGGAUCUCAGAGCUGCGUACGGGCGGAGCCGCAGCCCGGCGUUAAAGAGCGGGAGGCGAGGUCGCGCGGAGCGGAGAGAGACGCCGACGGGGCAAUGGGAGCACAGAAGAGCGUUGUGAGCGAGCGUUCCAGACUCAAGGAAAAUCACCAGGAAAAUGACCAGAUCACGAGCGCGCAGUACAGUUCCAUCUCCCCCCCUGCCUCACCCGUGUCGGAGGACGAGCCCUUCUCCACAUACUUUGAGGAGAAGGUCCGCAUCCCAGAGGAUGUCAGUCAGUUUGGGUUCAGUUUCCGGAAACUCUGGGCCUUCACCGGGCCCGGCUUCCUGAUGAGCAUCGCCUACCUGGACCCGGGGAACAUCGAGUCGGACCUGCAGUCCGGCGCCAAAGCCGGGUUCAAGCUGCUCUGGGUGCUCCUGGGAGCCACCAUCAUCGGCCUCCUGCUGCAGAGACUGGCCGCGCGUCUGGGGGUCGUCACCGGCAUGCACCUGGCCGAGGUCUGCAACCGCCAGUACCCCACGAUUCCACGUAUCAUCCUGUGGCUGAUGGUGGAGAUGGCCAUUAUUGGCUCGGACAUGCAGGAGGUCAUCGGCUGCGCCAUCGCCUUCAACCUCCUCUCCAUGGGCAGGAUUCCUCUGUGGGCGGGCGUUCUGAUAACUAUCUUCGACACCUUCGUCUUCCUCUUCCUGGACAAGUACGGUCUAAGGAAACUGGAAGCCUUUUUUGGGUUUCUCAUCACUAUCAUGGCUCUCAGCUUUGGAUAUGAGUAUGUGCUGGUGAGGCCGGACCAGGGCGAGCUCCUGAAGGGGAUGUUCGUGCCGUACUGCGCCGGCUGCAGCGCCACACAGCUGGAGCAGGCCGUGGGCAUCGUGGGGGCCGUCAUCAUGCCACACAACAUCUACCUGCACUCUGCGCUCGUCAAGUCUCGACAGAUCGACCGCAACAAUAAGAAGGAGGUGAAGGAGGCCAAUAAGUACUACUUCAUCGAGUCGACCAUCGCACUCUUCAUCUCCUUUCUCAUCAACGUCUUUGUGGUGGCUGUCUUCGCCGAAGCCUUCUAUAACAAGAGCAAUUUUGAAGUGAAUGAAAUGUGUAAUAAGACAGGCAGUCCCCACACUGACCUCUUUCCCCUGGACAACAGUACUCUGGAGGUGGACAUCUACAAAGGGGGCGUGGUGCUGGGCUGCUACUUCGGGCCCGCGGCCCUCUACAUCUGGGCGGUGGGGAUCCUGGCGGCCGGACAGAGCUCCACGAUGACCGGGACCUACUCCGGGCAGUUUGUAAUGGAGGGCUUCCUGAACCUGCGCUGGUCGCGAUUCGCCCGAGUGCUGCUGACGCGCUCCAUCGCCAUCACCCCCACGCUGCUGGUGGCCGUCUUCCAGGACGUUCAGCAUCUGACGGGCAUGAACGACUUCCUCAACGUCCUGCAGAGCAUGCAGCUGCCAUUUGCCUUGAUCCCAAUCCUCACCUUCACCAGCCUCACCUCCAUCAUGAGCGAUUUUGCAAAUGGACUGUUCUGGAAGAUUGGCGGCGGGGUGGUAAUCCUGAUGGUCUGUGCCAUCAACAUGUACUUUGUGGUGGUCUACGUGACCACUUUGAACAGCGUGGUGCUCUACGUGUUUGCUGCGCUCCUGUCCUUCCUUUACCUCUGCUUCGUGGGUUACCUGGCCUGGCAGUGUCUGGUUGCCCUGGGCGUGUCGUGUCUGGACGUUGGCAGCAGGAUGCGCCUGGGCCUGACCGGGCACACGGACAUUUACCUGCUGAAUGACAUGGACCACGACGUCGGUGUGGAGAGGUGAAGGGGGCGGGGCGGGCAGGCGUCAGGGGGUGGAAGCGCAAGCCACUUACUUAGCGGGUCCCACCUAAGUGCAGACAUCGGACCACAUUUUUCGGGGGGAGCUGGGGCAGUUUCUUCCCUCCUUGCCUUAACUGUUUAAAGUGAGUGGUCUUCGGCACUAGAAACGGACGUCUCCUCCUCUUCUUCACAUUCCUUCAGGCAGUGUCGGCCGUGAUCGGUUCAUUAGUCAGCCAGCAACAAGCAUCUCUUUAUCUCAAGGGAAUUUGGCCGACAGGAAAAGAUUUUAAAAAGAAAACUGGGAUUUUACUGAGGUUUGUACAUAAUUUUCUGUUGAAACUCUAUUACAGGUUACAAGGUGCCGUUAAAAAUGCUCUGCAGUCAUGACAUAAAAGUGUUGGAAUCAGGGUUACAGUGCAUGUCACACGGAAAUAUGUUACACGGAACAAUGAAUAUGGUGCCAUGGAAACAUUUUUGGGGAACAAAAGACUUUACACAUCUUUACUUUCCAAUGUCCAAAGGGUGGAUAUUUUAGUCUUGGGGGAAAUAUAAAAACACGUCAAUUGCUUUUUGGUGUACACCCGUGCUAGGUAUCUUAUCUGUGGCUACGUGUCAGAUAAACAUGGUGGUGUUUGGGCAUGAAGGCAUGGAAGAUGGGCACAACCACCAAAAUAGCUACACGGCUAAACCCAGAGGCCGUAGAGUAAAUGCCACGGUGUGCUUGUUUGAACGAGUCCUUUAUCGAUGGAACAGUGUGAAGCUAGUGUUUGUUGCCACUGGUUCACAUUUUUUGUUUAUACAUGAAACAUUUCCAUUACUCUAUGCCCAGAUAGGUCACACUUAUAUUUUUACAUGCCACAGUACUCAGUACUGCGGUUUUGACUUAUUCCCCUUCUGGAAAUGAGGCCAGUUUUUAAGUUAAUAAGUCAUUCUGACUUUUAAAAUUUUUUUAAUAUAUUAUGUUUACACUAAUACUACAUACAUGAGCACAUGUGUUACAAAUGUAACAUAAUGUGGGCUGUUUCAGCAGUGCAAGGAAUCCCCGUGGGCUGUUGUGAUCAGACUUUGACCUGUCGAGUCUUUAAAUUACGGGUGGACAAAAAUGAACUGAACAACGGAGGGACGUAAACGAGGGCGUGUCCAUUCAGACAAGUACAAUAAUGGCAUUGGGAUAUAUUAUAUGUGUGUAAAUAUUCUGAAGUGGAAGUCUGGUUUAACCCUCUGGUACACACAUUCUUAUAACAAUAUACAUGUUUUGUGGGGGGGAGGGAAAUGAGAUACCAAUGUGGAUCUCUGUUUUUAUCGUGAAUACCUUUUACCCCACGUGGCUAUCAGCACACAGCUGUGUUCAUAACACAGUAGAGGAAUGAAAACCAUGCUAAUUUAUGCUAAUGUGAAUAUCAUAAACAAGGCAUAUAAUGUGUGAUAAACUCUCCUCUCAGAUUACUUGCUGUAUGUUCUACCUGGUGAUUGAAAGUUGAAAUAAACCAGCUGAAAACAGA